AAAACAUUUAAAAUGCCUUGUAAAAAUUUCCUGUUCAUGACCCUGUCUGAAAGUCGGCAAGCACUCACAGCCCAGAGAAAUCAACAGACGAUUUUUUUUUGCAUCACUAGCUUCUCUUUAAAGUUAGAUUGUGACUUUACAGUCAGGAGCGAAAGAGCCUUGAUAGGUUUAAUCCACCCCAGAGGCAAAGGCACGUUCUGAAAAUGAUUCCAUCAGAAGGGUAGGAUGUGUAUCUUCUCAUAAAGAAAUGCUUCGACUCAGCAGAAAAUAAAGUACCUAGGAAACUAAUCUUAAGGUAGGCUCUCUCUCCUGUGUUAUCCCAGCCACCUCAGAGAAGCAAAUAAACCAUCGGUGUGGCGAUCAGACAUGACUCACCAGGAAGAAUGCUUGUGGGAGAAUAUGUAACAUAUUAAGUUUUAUGUGGAUCGCAGUGAGCCGCGCCCCAGAGCGUUGCUGCAAACACAGAAGUACCUGUAUACCGGGAGUAGAGUUUCAUAGAUAGGAUGCCUGUGCAAAUGAAUUUCAGAUCGUUGAUCACCCCAGUGGGGAUUGUGAGGCUUUUUGAAGUCUUUCUCUCAUGUACGGCGUUCAGUCUGAUUGCUCAUGUGGAUCGUUACUCGGGGUCUUACGGAGGCUGGUGUAUGUUCGCAUGGUGCUUUUCGUUCGCCGUUACCUUUAUCAUCGUCGUGCUGGAGCUGACAGGCCUUCACACCAACAUUCCGAUAUCCUGGGAGGACUUCACCACGUCGUUCGCGAUGCUGGCCACGCUGUUGAACCUGACCGCCUCGAUUAUUUACCCCAGCAUUUACCUCUCCUCCGACCAGCGCGCAACCGAGGACCAGCAAAUAGCGGCCACUGCCAUGUCCUGCCUCUGCUUCAUUGCCUACGCGACUGAAGUCGGUCUCACGCGAGCGAAGCCUGGUGAAAUCAGCGGCUUUUUAAAGACUGUCCCAGGACUGCUUAAAGUGUUGGAAGCUUUUAUCGCCUGCAUUAUCUUCGUACUUGUUGAGGGCUCAUAUCAGGCCAACUCUGGUCGGCAGUGGUGCAUGGCUGUAUACUGUAUCUGUUUUAUCCUCACUUUCCUGAUCAUAAUUUUAACCAUUGCCAAACUCACAGCUGCGUUACCGUUUCCCUUCGAGACUUUUUUGGCAGUCUACAACGUCCUGGCCGUUCUGAUGUACAUUACUGUGGCGAUCAUCUGGCCAGUUUUCUGCUUCAGCGAACGCUACGGCACUCCGAACAGACCACGGGCCUGUGAACGAGGCAGGUGCUAUUGGGACAACCAAGUCACAGCGACCGUUUUAACCUAUGUCAACCUUAUAGUCUACAUUGUGGACCUGGUUUAUUCGGCCAAGUUAGUCUUUGUUUCUCGGGCUUAAGUGCUUCUGAAUACUGUAUGCGUUGGUGAUAGGGGAGAUAGCUUCAAUGGGGAUCCUAAAUCAAUAUCACAUACACUUAGUGGCCACUUAUUAGGUGUCUCCUGUACCUGGGUGUACCUCCAUGGUUUUCUGCUGUUGUGGUCCAUCCACUUCAAGGUUGGACCUGUUGUGCAUUCAGAUAUGCUCUUCUGCACACAGCAGUUGUAAUCUGUGAUUAUUUGACUUACCUGUACUGUUGACUUCCUGUCAGCUUGAACCAGUCUAGCCAUUCUCCUCUAACCUCUCUCGUUAACAAGGUGUUUUCAGCCACAGAACUGCCACUCACUGAAUGUUUUCUGAUGUUUGGACUGUAUAACAACUAAACCUCUUGAUGGUGUCUGCUUUGAAUUACUGCCAGGUGUUUGGCUAAUUAGAUAUUUCCAUCAACCAGCAGCUCAACAAGUGCACCUAAUAAAGUGGUCACUGAGUGUGCAUUCUGCAGGCUAAUAUUGUUUCUUAUGGAUUGAAAUUAUGCCAAAACAUCCAUACUUCCCGGCCCCUGAAUAGGCUUAUUUGGUACUGUACCCUAUCACUGUCAAAUCUUUCCUUGCUCAUCCACUCCUUUUGUCUAUGGAUUCUUCUUGACUUCACCCUCUUACAGACGUUCCCUUUUGCCUUCUUUUCCUCUUCCUCUCACCCCCGUCUUCUCUCCCGGAAUAAUGGAAGGUCACCAGAAAUGAAAUGUUAACUCCAUUUCCCUGCCCACUGAAGCUGGCAGACUUGCUGAACAUUUCAUUAUCACAAGAGAUCCUGCAGAUGCUGGAAAUCCAGAGUAACACACACAAAAUGCUGGGGGAAUUCAGCAGGUCAGGCAGCGUCUAUGGAAAGGAAUGAAGAGAUGAUGUCUUGUGCAGAGACCCUUCAACAGGAAUGAACUUUUACAGCAUUUUUUUUCCGUUUUAAGUUAGUGCAUUGGCCAACUCUCACAAAGAUAACGCAGGUGGUAGAGGCUAAGAUUCGCCACACCUGAUGUCAGAUUUGGCCUUUUAUCCUGGUUCACAGAGACACAAUUAAGCUCACUGGCCUAUGCUGAGGGAAGCUCAGUCGAGGCAGUGAGGUUUGGUGUUGCUUUGUAACAUGAUGCUGCAGAUGUGUAGGGACUGGAUAUGUGAAAAGGCAGAAAUUUGAUUUCCUGCCCGAAAUGUUGACUGUACUCUUUUCCAUAGAUGCUUCCUGGCCUGCUGAGUUCCUCCAGCAAUUUGUGUGUGUUGCCAGGAAUUUAGUUUAGCUGCGAUCUGAGUAAAAGAGAGAUAAAUUUUUGUCACCUGUGUUAUCUUUGUAAUUGAUGAAGCCUCAUACAGCGUCAGUGCUGGUUGUCAUAGGCACUUGCUGUGCACUGCAAUAACUGUUGAAAGGGUGCUGGCUUCUGGAAGACAAUUGUGGCCAAUAACGGGGGGGGGGGGGCAUGGUAGCAUAGUUGAAAGUUCAAAGUAAAUAUAUUAUCAAAGUACGUAUAUGUCACAAAAUACAAUGCUGAGAUACAUUUUCUUGUGGGCAUUCUCAAUAAAUCUGUAAUAAAUAAUAACCAUCAUAGAAUCAAUGCAAGAUCAAACCAACUUGGGCAUUCAAACAGUGUGCAAAUACAAAAAGAAAGAAAUAAUAAUAAAUAAAUAAGCAAUAAAUAUCGAGAACAUGAGAUGAAUAGUCCUUGAAGGUGAGCCCAUAAUCAAUGAUGAAGUGAAAUAGUGUGAAAUUAUCCCCUUUGUUUCAAGAGCCUGAAGGCUGAGGGGUAAUAACUGUUCCUGAAUCUGGUGGUGUAAGACCUAAGGCUCCUGUGCCUUCUUCCUGAUGGCAGCAAUGAGAAGAGAGCAUAUGUUGGAUGGCGGGGGUCCAUGAUGAUGGAUGCUGCUUUUCCGCACUGACGUUUUGUAUUGAUGUGCUCAAAGGUGGGGAGGACUUUACCUAAGAUGAUUGGGCCAUAUCGACUACUUAUUGUAGGAUUUUCCAUUCAAGGGUAUUGGUGUUUCCAUACCAGGCUGUGAUGCAGCCAAUCAAUAUACUCUCCACAACGCAUCUAUAGAAGUUUGUCAAAGUUUUGGAUGUCAUGCUGUAUCUUUGCAAACUCCUAAGGAAAUAGAGGUGCUGAUGCACCAUCAAUAACUCACUGUGAGACGUAAAGGCGAGAUAUCUGACUGGAAGAAGGAACAAACAGUGAGUGACCACCAUACUACAUCCUGGAGACUGAGGGCCGGGCUCAGGCCUCAAUCGCCUUUAUACCGGGGUCUGUGGGAGGAGCCACAGGAGCAGUCAGCGGGGGGGGGGGGGGGGCAUGUCCAGACAGGUAUAUGUAGUUCACCACAGGUGCUACCAUUCUUUCUUCGUAAUUGCACUUAAGAGCUGGGCCCUGGACAGGUUCUCUGAAAUGAUAACACUGAGGAAUUUGAAGUUGCUGAUCCCCUCCACCUCUGGCUUUGUCCCUUUGUCUGCUGACUGAGUAAGAUGUUGAAGAGGUUGUUGUUUUGACACCACUCAGCCAGUCUUUCAAUCUCUCUCCUACAUGUGAAUUCAUCACUACCUUUGAUUUGGCCUAGGACUUCAGCGUAACACUAUUACAGCAGCAAUUACAUGGGCUCAAUCCCUCCGCUCUCUGUAAGAAGCUUGUACGUUCAUCCUGUGACGGCAUAGGUUUCCUCCGGGUGCACCGGCGUCCUCCCACACUCAAAAGGCAGCCAGGUUACUAGCUUAAUUGGUCAUGUGGGUGCAGCAUUGUGAGAUGGAAGGGCCUGUAUUUCUAAAUAUUCGAUUCCAAAAAACUGGAGACGGAAACCAAGGAGCUGCUUUUGGAGCAGCUUUGCCUUAUCUUGGCUCUGUUUUGAUAUGGUUGGGUCUUUGUAUAGGAUCGUGGUUUAUGUGUGGGGAACAGGGCUGUCCAAUCCCAACUGUUCUCAUGCUAUUCAGUUGCAAUUACUCGAGUGAAGUCUGAAUGAUCAUUCUAAUUCUUCUCCACGACUUCAUGAAGAACCUAUUUGUUGUUUGUUUUUCAAGUGAUUUCUUUUGCUACUGUUUGAGAUUUUGUAAUUAAAGUAGUGCCAACUCUUGUGA